CUCCUUUGCUUUAUACUUUUCAUUUCAUACAUUCUUACAGAUCAUUCUCCAAAAUUCAGUGUUAAUAUAACCGCAAUGACGGAUUUGAGAUCCGCCACGAAUUGGUCUAGCAUUCUGGACUCCAGGGAGGCUCUGCGGAAGUACCUUUACCCCAGGCAACCCGUCAUGGCCCCCAGAGCUUCGGAGCAUGAAGCAUGGCCCCUGAACAGUGACUGGAAGUUGGCCAGAGAUACCACACAACACACGGAGGCAACUGCGAAGAAGAGCACCAUCUCUCUGCCGAAGAGAGUGGAGCGAAUGAUCUGGGCUAAGCCGUCCAUGGUGGUUUUGACCAAGGCGGCUGUGCGCACGGAAAGGGCCAAGGCAUCGGCCAUCAAGUUUCAUGAGAAGUUACAGGCGAAGAAGACACAUCCUGAGAAGUCUGAGCAGCCGGAGAAGUCCACGCUGCCGGAGAAGCCCCAGCGACCUCCUCUGUGGCAGCCCAAGAAAGUGCCACUGCAAGUCCGCAAGAAGCCCCAAGCUGAAGACCAUCAAAGGCGUCGUAGAAUCCAGAAGCCCACCAAGAAGGCAACCAAGGCUAUGGAAAUCAAGAUGACAAAGCCAUCAAAGUCCGAGGUGUCCGGGCAGAAGACCCCGUUUCCGGUCCACAGAAAGCGAAAACCAAAUCCAAUACGUCGGUGGUACAAUGGACGACCAAGCAGUAUCCUUGUCGUGGAUGCCAAGACCGAUUCGGGGAUCAGUCGGCCGAAAUCAGGUGGUGCGGAGCACCCUAUGGACACGAACGGUGGGCAGGCACCACGGCGGUCCAAGAAGUCGUACGGCGUGCCUUUGUGCAAUCGACCCACCAAGAUCCUGGGCAUGGGAUAUCCCUACUCCCGGCACAUGCAGCUGCGCCAGCAGCAGCUCUGUCAGCAGCCGGAGUACCGCGACCAGUAUGUACGCAUGCUCCACCAUCAGCAGCGCCAGCUGGAGCGGUACUACGGCCAGCCCAGCGGCGUCCCGAUGGUCCCGGACAGGAUAAAGAAGCAGAUCCAGCACAAGGGUCAGCAUCAGAAUAAAUACGCGGUGCCAGCGAAGACGUCUCUCAAGGGCCUAAAGAAGGGAAAGCGGUUGUGCGGAAAUUUUUACUAUGACUGAUAGUAGGCGGCAGGAUCAAUAAAAUGGUCACUUGAUUUAG